AUGCCACUUUUUUCCUUACGUUUCUCCAGAUCCAUGUACGGAGGAGGUGACUUUGGCGGGGGUGAUUUUGGCGGUGGCGGAGCCAGCCAAUUUGGAGGCGGCGGCUUCAUGCCUACAACCCCGGGGCCGCCUGGGGGGGCAGGAGGAGCAGCUGGAGUUUACUCUCCCAACGCAGGUGGACGGAGACCCAACAACGUCAACACGCUCUUCCCUGUGACCGUGCGGGAGAUCGCCAACGCCGGAGUGCGCGACACGACGGAAAACUCGCUCUUCAUCAACGGCCACGAUGCGACUAACAUGGUGCUUGUAGGCAAGGUGACGAGGCGUGACGACCACGAGACAGACGUGUCGAUAGUGCUGGACGAUAGCACGGGCAAGAUUGAAGUGCGCCGAUGGAUUGAUCGUGACACUAACGAGUUGGCUACCUUGGAGACCGUGCGCUCUGGAGUGUACGUGCGAGUGCAUGGCCACGUGAGGCUGCAGAACAACAAGCGAUACGUCAUUGCACAUGCUGUCAGGCCUGUCACGGAUUUCAACGAGGUCACAUUCCAUUUCUUGGAUGCCAUUUUCGUGUAUCUGCACACACGCAAGACGGGGGGAGGAGCAGAUGGCACAGAGGCAUCACCUCACCAGCCCCCACAGCGGCCGCAACAACCUGCUUACAACCAGCCUUUUUUCUCUGUAUCCAUCCACGUUUCUUUUCACUCUCUGCAGGGCCAUUCAACAAGGCAUUCACCACCAACAAGUUGCUCAGAGCAUGCCAGAUGUAUCUCCACAGGAGAUCCGGAGCACUGUGGAGUUUCUGUCGCCAUGAACGCGUGCGUCCUGCGAACGCUGGGCGCCUCGAGCGCGGGCUUUCUGACGGGAUCUAAGAGGCUCAUGGUAGCUUCGGCCACGUCAUCCCGAUCCGUGCUGACGAUGCGCCCAGCUGGCCAGCGCGCGUUCCACGUCAGCGCGAUGAUGGGGGAGGAGGCGCGGCGCUUCCAGUCAGGCGGUCAGGAGCCCUCCGCGCGUGUGUUUGUGGAUCACACCGUGUACAAGGGCAAGGGCGCUCUCAGCUUCGUGCCCAUCGCCCCUAAAUUCCGAGUCACCCAGACGGGUGCAUACGCGUUGGCUCGCGAGGGCUCCGUGCUGCUUAACUUUGCCAACGCCAUUGGCACGCGCAAGUAUGACUGGGACAACAAGCAGAAUUUCUCCCUGUCAGUGUCUGAGAUCGGGUCAGUGCUGGGGCUGAACCCAGAGGACAAGCUGGACUUCUACCAUGACCCCGCCAAGGGCAGGAGUGAAGAGGGUCAGGUGCAGAAGGUGCUGCGUAUCCAGCCAUUCAAUGAUUUCACUGGCUUUUACUUUAGUCUCAAUGUGAAGGACGCUCGCAGGGGUGUUGAUGAUCGUUUUUCUGUGCCUGUCACCAAGGCGGAAUUCAUUGUGGUCCGAACAGCCAUGAAUUUCAUCUUGCCGCAUCUUAUGGGAUGGAAUGCGUAUACAAGUCCUGGCUCGAUUGAUCCUUCCAUGAUGGUACCGUCAGCACCCUCCAGCGAUAACAACUGGCAAUGA